AUUUUGCAUAAAUACAAACAAAUUCUCUAAUUUGCAAGGAAAAGUAUGUCUAUUAAUUCACACUAAAAUUUUUUUACAUUAUUAAACAUAAUGAGUAAUUCACCGACUAAAACAGCUAUCACCGAAUCCAUUAAUACAAAUUCUAAUGAUAACAAUGAUGCCACUAAAAAAUCAGAUUUUAAAUGUACCCUAUGUCCUCAAAAAUUCAAUAAUAUCCAAGAAUGUUUGAAGCACGAACUUUUGCAGCAUGAUAUUAAAAGAACAAAACGACCUCAAAAGACAUUACGCACCAAAGUCAACGCAAUCCUUGCAAAUAACAGGACAGAUGAACAACAAUCACUAAAAAAAGAAUUACUAAAUGCUCUUCAUAACUGUGAACCAGGACAGGAGCUUCGCAGUAUUUUUAAACAUCACAGAAUGAAUGACGGAAACUUAAUUUUGGUUUAUGAACGCAUCGAAGCUUGUCUAGAGAAGGAACUACAGCCGUUAAGAGGGCUAAGAGUACAUCCUUUCGGGUCUGUUGCAACUGGCUUAGCUUUGAGAGACAGUGACAUCGAUUUGUAUAUUGAGCAUGCCAAUGGUUUUCAAACAACAGUGAAUUUAACUCACCGGACAUUUAAUCGUAUCAAUAAUAUUUUACAACGUAGCAACUGCUUCAGUGAAGUUAUUCCGAUUCGACAAGCCCGUGUACCGAUCAUCAAAUGUAAGCACAAUCCCACUGGAUUCAGUUUGGACAUAAAUUUAUCUUGCCCCAGUAGUGUGAGCAACUCGAAAUUCGUGCGAGACCUGCUGCAAUUCGACAACAGAAUUCAUGAGUUAAUUACGUUCCUUAAAAUAUGGGCUAAGCAGUUACAAUUAAUUGGUCGAGGGAAUAUGACCAGCUAUUGCCUUAUUACACUGGUAUUAUUUUAUUUGCAACAACCACAAUCGAAUCAACCGGCAGUGCUGCCAUCAGUUAAGGAUCUCCAAGCGAAUAUUCCCGAUAAUUUGAUAAUGGGUGUGAAUUAUGCGUACCAACUUCAAGAAAGAAUAUCUCCUUUACCACGAGAAUUGACAACUUCAAGACUAAUUGAAGGCUUUUACAAGUUUUAUAGCAGCUUUGAGUUUGAAAAUUUCCUUAUCUCACCAUUUUUGGGGAUAGCAAUACCACUUAUUGAGUUUAAAAAGGGUCUAUUCAGUUUUCCAGCCUAUAAUAAUCAGUUGCGUGCUGUGGCCAUCGUGAAUAACGAACCUUUACAACCGAUUCAGGUUGAUCGUUGUGUUUGUAUACAAGAUGCUUUUGCUCUAAGCCAUAAUGUUGGCAAGUCUAUAUCUCAACUAAAUUUGGAGUAUUUUCGAAAAUGCCUAAACCUUGCUUGUGAUGUAUACGAAGAUGUAGAUAGUUCAACAGAUGCUCAACGAUAUGAGGCACUACUUUAUAGAAUUAUUGAUCGUUUGGCUCAAUCAGUAAAUAUAAACGUCCCUUUCUCAAGCCAAAAAGCAGACAAACCUUCGCCAACAGAUGCUUCCAAUAAUAGUACCGGCACCGUACGCAGUAACAAUAACCCUAACAAAUUGAGUUAUAGUCUCACACCUUCGCGUUCGGAAUUACGAACAAUCGUAGCGCUCAAUGAAGAAGAUAAUUCGAUGACCAUAUACAAAUUAUGGGCUAAGUAUUAUUUAGAAGCCAUUACCGAAAUCAUUACAGAAAUCUUUUGCUUGGACAUGCAGUCUGCCACACCCACCCAAUAUGACAAACAACAGCGGUUGGAUGAAUAUACUGGCUCUCAUACUUGGCUAUUGAGUGGCUCAGUUGAUCAGUGGUCGGGUCGUAUGCAUCAGCGUUGCCAUAAUAAAACGUUUAUGGAACUGCAGUUGGAGCAAACCAAAAAAUUUACUUCGGAAAGACGACAAAACGCCGCAUUUGCUGUACAAUUAAAUGCCAUAUUAACUGUAAACAUAUUAAACAAUUCCACUGCCAUGGAAGUGGUAGUGACACCGCGAGUCACAAAGGGCCACGCCCUAAUGAAGAAUGAUCCUCUGAGGAAGUUCUUCGCCAGUUUUAGGGCGAGCAUGCAAAACUUUAACCUAAAGGAAAAACUUAACACGAAUGCAUCACAUAAAUCUAUUGAAUGAAUCUUUAUCUUUUAUUGACAGGAUCCAAAUAUUUAAGUAUUUAUCUACAAUAUUUUUAUUUUUUAAACUGACUAUGUAAAUUGGGUUGAAUAAAGUUGUAUUUUAUAAUUAACAGGAACAAGUGAAA